AUGGCCUAUAGAUAUGCACAUGUGAUGUUGGAACAUUCUAUAUCUGCCAUCGACUGGGACAGACACCCAGAAUGCCCCAGGUUGGCGUCGUGGCAGAUGGCGUCGUUGGGGUCUGCCCUUACAGGAACCGGCAUCCCCAGGGCAGGUGAGGGAGCGGGGAUCCCUCCUCAUCGAGGCCGACUCGCCAAGGUCGACUUCAGGGACAACCCCCGGCGACGCAGCGACCCUCGGCGACGCAGCAACCCCCGUCGACACGCGCGACCCCCGGCGACACGCGCGACCCCCGGCGACACGCGCGACCCCCGGCGACACGCGCGACCCCCGGCGACACGCGCGACCCCCGGCGACACGCGCGACCCCCGGCGACGCAGCGACCCCCGGCGACGCAGCGACCCCCGGCGACGCAGCGACCCUCGGCGACGCAGCGACCCUCGGCGACGCAGCAACCCUCGGCGACGCAGCGACCCCCGGCGACGCAGCGACCCCCGGCGACGCAGCGACCCUCGGCGACGCAGCGACCCUCGGCGACGCAGCGACCCUCGGCGACGCAGCAACCCUCGGCGACGCAGCAACCCUCGGCGACGCAGCAACCCCCGGCGACGCAGCAACCCCCGGCGACGCAGCGACCCUCGGCGACGCAGCAACCCUCGACGACGCAGCAACCCUCGGCGACGCAGCAACCCUCGGCGACGCAGCACCCCCCCGGCGACGCAGCGACCCUCGGCGAAGCAGCGACCCCCGGCGACGCAGCGACCCUCGGCGAAGCAGCGACCCCCGGCGACACGCGCGACCCCCGGCGACACGCGCGACCCCCGGCGACACGCGCGACCCCCGGCGACACGCGCGACCCCCGGCGACACGCGCGACCCCCGGCGACACGCGCGACCCCCGGCGACACGCGCGACCCCCGGCGACACGCGCGACCCCCGGCGACACGCGCGACCCUCGGCGACGCAGCGACCCCCGGCGACGCAGCGACCCCCGGCGACGCAGCGACCCUCGGCGACGCAGCGACCCCCGGCGACGCAGCGACCCUCGGCGACGCAGCGACCCUCGGCGACGCAGCGACCCUCGGCGACGCAGCAACCCUCGGCGACGCAGCAACCCCCGGCGACGCAGCAACCCCCGGCGACGCAGCAACCCCCGGUGACGCAGCAACCCCCGGCGACGCAGCAACCCCCGGCGACGCAGCAACCCUCGCCGACGCAGCGACCCUCACCGACGCAGCGACCCCCGCCGACGCAGCGACCCCCGCCGACGCAGCGACCCCCGCCGACGCAGCGACCCCCGCCGACGCAGCGACCCCCGCCGACGCAGCGACCCCCGCCGACGCAGCGACCCCCGCCGACGCAGCGACCCCCGCCGACGCAGCAACCCCCGCCGACGCAGCAACCCCCGCCGACGCAGCAACCCCCGCCGACGCAGCGACCCCCGCCGACGCAGCGACCCCCGCCGACGCAGCGACCCUCGCCGACGCAGCGACCCUCGGCGACGCAGCGACCCUCGGCGACGCAGCGACCCUCGGCGACGCAGCGACCCUCGGCGACGCAGCGACCCUCGGCGACGCAGCAACCCCCGCCGACAGGGCAAACACUCCGCGAUUGCCUACUUGACAGUUCCAAUGCUAACGUGAUCGCAAAUAAAGCCACUCUAAAUGAUGGGAUUACUGAAGACAAUUUUGCUGUUUAG